AAGUGAGUAUCAAAUACUCCACUGCACUUACUUGAAGGAAUUGUAAAUAUGGACCCACGGGAGCCUCGCUCAUGUUUAAAUCAAGCGAAGGACCAAAUUCGAGAGGAAAAUCCUCAAAACAUGAAUGAGCAACUUUCCAUCAAAGUCGACUGCUUGCAGAAUAAAGUGACUCAUCUGUCCACCUCCAACACAGACCUAUCCAGCAAACUCGUCCAUAGCGAAGAGGAGAAGCUAAAGAUAUCAAAGGAGCUUGUGGAGGAGAAGCUUCACAUAAACAAGAUAAGAGCCCAGUUUGAAGAGGAGACGUUUGAGCUGAAAAAUAAGAUAUUGAACCAAAAAGAUGAAAUAAAACGACUACAGACCGAGCGAGACAAUUUACUCUGCAAGCUCCAGUCAGCCGGGACCCACCGCAUAGUGGGCGAGGAGAGCGACCAAGAGUCGUCCUCGCUCAAGCAAAACGACCUGCCUCUGACUGAGGCCCAUCACAAAGAACUGGGCCAAAGCAAGGAGCUAAGUGCCGAACUGCUGGCCUUGGCCCAGGCGCAGGUUGCCUUGCGCAGCCAGCUGGCCGAAGAGCACCAGAGUGCUCGGGACACCUCGCAGGACCUUCACGGGGAGCUGGACCGAGUGAGGACCCUCGUUGGCCGCUUGUUGCAGACCAGAGUCAAGCCGGAAGACCUUGCAGCUUUGAACAAGGGUCAGAAAAGCAUGGAACAAACGCUCCUCGGAAAUCAAGAGGAGAUGAAAGACAUGCUGGGGAACUUGAAGCGCAGCUAUGAGGAGCAGCAGAGGAAACUCGAGGAGGAGAUCGGGGCGAUGGGAAAAGAGCAGCAAAUCCAAAGCAGCCAACGGAAACCAUCUGAGGAGACUGUGACAUGUGUGUGCUGUCUGAGUCAACUGAAGGAGGCCAAAGAGGAGAUUUCAAGGCUGCAGUUGCAAGUCAAACAGCUCCACGAGCUCUAUCGUGGAAGGCUGCUGCGCUAUUUAAAGGACAUAACUGAGUUCGUCGAUGGCCUCGGGGGAGCCAAAAUGGCAUCCGAGGGAAACAAAUGGAGUGCCUUUGUGGACAACAUGCUGAGGGAUGUCCGUGCUUCCUACAGGGCCCGCGAAGAGCAGCUCGCCACUGCCACUCAGGCUUACAAAAAGAGACUGCAGAGGACCACCAAGACCCAUCACGCCCUAAUAUGUGCCUAUAGGGAUCAGAGACAGCAUAUUUUGGCCAAACUAGACCACGGUCUGGAGCCUGGACCCCCUGAAAGCCAUUUCAGCCUGGAGCCCACUGAGCCAAGAGAAGAAUCCGGCAAACGUCAACAGCAACUCGAGCAGCACAAGUCAAAGCGGGGGGCUCAGCGGCAAGUGGCCCGAAACCAGGUCAAGUAAAUGGGUUGAUUUGUGUUU